AUGAGCCUGUGUGCAAAGCAUGGUGUGGUACAGGGUUACAAGCCAAGCCACAAUUUAGGAUAGGAUAGGUAGCUUGCCAGCUGACAAAGGGUACUGAAGGGUAUUGCCCGUUAGCUGCUGGUGACGGUGGUACAAAUCUUCAAUAUUGUGUAUCUCUUUCAAACACCUUGUUAGCAUCGUUUGAAUUGUUUGUAUUAUAUAAUCGUAUUUACAGUGAACUUGUUGAUGCUCUUUGUAUUUUGGAUAAUCACGUCGAAAAGAUUAGUUUGGAAACUUAACCAAACGAAAAAGUAGACGUUACGCAGUUUAUUUUACUUGAAGAAACAAAGCGUUGCACAGAAACGCCGCUUUUUUUCCGAAUUGCUUACAAUCUUCGCGAAGUGCUCGUGGUUCAGUUUGAUUGUCAGGUCAGACAACUGUCGUUUGACUGCAAAGCUGUCACCACUCUGAAGCGUAUUCAUAUAAACCGACGUAGAAAGGGUUUAUCGGCUGACUGGAAAGCAAUCGCGAAGAUUUUGGCCUUCCUGCUCGGCCGACAUGUUAUUACUCGGGGUGUUGGGAUAGUUGGCUAACUGUACAACUGUGUAUCUGUGCGUUGCAGAUUGCAGUCACUGACUUCUGCACGACUUUUUGAUACCGCUGUCAGGAGCGUGUUUGCUUCGUAAACAAAAAUGUUUCCGUUUCUCCGACGCCGCCCGAUUUUCGGGGUUACUGCGCGGAUCCAGACCUUCAGUGGAUUCUGCAGUGAGAAGCUAGGGAAAAGCAGAAAUUGGGCCGGGGAGUGGCUCGGAAGUAGACUUUCGCGUCUUUAUAAGGCCGGUGCUAAGGGGAGCGGGCACGAUAACAGGCGGAAAACCAUGUUUUCCUUACUCGCCAACCAGUGCAGUUUUGUCACUGGCCAGAGGCUCCGGCGAGCUUGUCAGAUCGGCGAGCUGUACUCGAACCUAUAUGCCGAGAACACUCGCUGGAGCCUCGUGGGCUCUUUCUGGUACCGCUUCCAGAACAAGCACUGCAAGGUGGGCAAGUUGGUGGCGGCGCUGGCCGGAAUCUUCAUGUGGGAAGAUGAGAAGAUUCGAGACGAAGAAAUCCGAAGGUCAGCUGAAGAGCUCCAAAUGAUGGAGCAGAUAAAGAACCAGACCCCCUGUCCAGCAAAGACUCCAGGACAGCAAGACUCUGGCUGGGAAAUUGUCAUGGAGAAGAAGAACUUCUGGGUGUGGCGCAAGCCCAUCUUGAACAGCCAUCUUUAUGAAUACAGAGUGUUGGGGACCUACAAUGACAUCACCCCCAGGCAGUUCUUCAAUGUCCAGCUGGACACAGAGUACAGGAAAAAGUGGGAUUCCCUGGUGAUUAAACUAGAUGUGGUGGACAGGGAUGCCAGUACCGGCACGGAAGUUGUGCACUGGGCCACACAUUUCCCAUAUCCCAUGUACUCCAGAGACUAUGUUUACGUACGUCGCUACGACGUGGAUGUGGAGAAGAACCUCAUGGUGCUGUUUUCCAGGGCUGUGGAACACCCCUUAGUUCCAGAAACAAAGGACUUCGUCCGGGUGCACUCCUAUCAGUCUCAGAUGGUUAUUCGUCCACACCGGUCUUUUGAUGAGAAUGGCUUCGACUACCUGCUGACCUACAGAGAUGACCCCCAGACUGCCAUCCCACGCUACUGUGUCAGCUGGAUGGUGUCCAGCGGAAUGCCCGACUUCCUGGAGAAGCUGCAUGCUGCUGCUCUGCGGGCCCGCAACCAGGAGGUGGGCAUGCAGGACUACAUGAGCAUGGUCAAACCCAUGCAGGAAUUCCAUAGUGCAGACACUGGGCGUGCAGGGGGUCCCGGCCGCAUGGAGUACGCUUGAGAGUGGGUCUGGCCAGCGUGAGGGGGCGGAGCCCUCCCUCGGACACGCCCCCAUACUCUGCACUACCAAAUAGCAGGACUGUGUUUCUGUAAUGUGGUGGAGGGACCUGGCAGAGCGCCACAUUCAGAGCACCUUGGGGCCCACGCCAAGACAGUUUCACUCCUGAGAGCAUUUGAUGGCACACCAGACAUUUGAACAUUGUGAACCAGUGAACUGAGUGGGCUGCUCCUGUUAUGCUGGCCAUUUAGUUCCCCGCUCAGAAAAAUAACGUUAACUGGAAUGGGUAAGGAUAUGCUCACUCACCGGACAUUCGUGGUACCCUGAAGGCGUUGUCUAGGCACUGUACUGUUACCUCCGUAACUAAAUGCCAAAUAUCUGGGAGAGAGAGUAGUGGUGCUAUCUGAACGCGGCGCCAGGAACCUUCUGACGAGACUUUGCGCUCAUGUGGCACUUGCCCCCAGUCAGACAAGCGGAUUUAGGGAUCCUGUUUGUGAAAACAGUGAUGUUUUGCUAGUUGCAAAACGGAGGAUUUUUCACCUGCUUUGCCGUUCUCUUAGGUCUUUAGGGAUGUCGGAUGACUUGGUCACCUUUAACAGCCUUUCAGUGAAUAACCUCUAGUGUCUUAUUUCAGCCGUGACAUCCUCAGCGCCAAGCAAUUUUCAAAAGCUCAUUUAUUGUGUGCUGGUGCCAGCUUAGUUUGUGUUUCAGUGAAGCCUCUGCAUCAAUAGUGCUCACUUUGUCGUCUGUCGGUUUUGGAAAUCAAUCCCAAGCUGUAGGAAACUCGACGGACCUCUUUCCACAUUUCGUUUCAUUUGGCUCCCACUGUAAGUAGGAGUGUCAGUCUGUUAAUGUGGACAUCAGAUUGACAGAGAGUUGGUUUCAAACCCCUUAGAGUUUAUAUAACUCUGUACAGAGUGAAAGAAACAUUCUGGUAAUGUGAGAAUAUGGUUCCUUAUACUUUUUUUUUUUCCCCCCAAAUUGUUACAUUUGUAUGUUUCCCAUAUGCUGUAAUGGAAUUUGUUGUCACGACAAAGUAUCCUCGAUAACCGUGUAAACCUGUCUCGGCGAUCCCUCAUUGGGUGCCCUAUGUCACGUGACACAGCUGUCAGUGCUUAAGGUGUUUCUCACUUCCUGACCCAGCUGUAGUGUUGUGUCAGAUGGGUUUGGGCGUGAGUGCAUGUUUUAAUCACUGCAGCGGCCUUCUCCUGCCUUUUGAGUUGAUGUCACGGUAUUGGGGUCACCUAGCAAGGUCGGGUUUCCCGCCCCUAGCAACCUUGGUAAGAGAUGUGAAGGCACUUGAGAAAAUAUUUGUGGCAGUAUUCUGUGUUUUUUUUUUUUUUUUUUUUUUUACACACUCUGAUUUUUCUCUCUGCGAUUCCAAAUUGUGAUUCCAAAUUUUAAAUGCAUGCUGGACUGUUCUGGCAUGUCAUGUAGGUCCUUAUGAUAUUUCAUAUCCAAUAAAUUGUGUGAACAGUUUUAUUGAAGGCUAACUAGACUGCAGUGACUGCAGUGAAUGCCCCAGCAUUGUCUUAUAUAUUUAGUUUUGCACGCCCUGCAGUGGAGGGCAAGGGUACAAUGAGGGAGGUUAUCCUGGAGAAAGAUGGAUGCAUAUAUGACACUGGGAAAAAGGUCACUUCCGUUUAAGUGGAUGGGCUAUGGAUGGGCUAUCCCCAGACAGUGGAGGGCUUUGUUACUGCUGUCUCAUUAGCUUUCCACAUUCUGUUUGAAUUGUGGGCCAUUCAGAUAAUGUGAGGGGCUGCUGGUUUAGGUUAAUAUUCCAUUAUAUGCAAGUUUAUAUUCCAUAUAAACUUGCAUCUAUGAUGAUUUAACCCACAAUGUAAUUUUAGAGUAUUUAGAGCCCAAAUAGUUCUGUGUGUCUAUGUGUAUCUGUGUGUGCAUGUGCGCGUGCAGCACUUACCAUGCCAAUAUUAUGAUGAUCCAGCUUAGUUUACUAACUUUACUUGAUUUAGUUCCUGACUUUACAUGUCCUUCAUGUAUGUCUCCCACAGAGCAGCUAAUAACAUCCCCUGUUACCAUGGACCACCAUAACCAGAGUCCCCUGCUCAGCUACUGAAUGCAGUUCACCAUGGAGCAAUGAGCAGUUAUAUGAUUCAGGAUAUGGUUGCCCAUGAUGCCAGGGAUGCGGCGUGAAUGUAGGGCUAUGGCUGUCCCGGGCCAGAGCCCGCUUUAAUGACAGGCCCGCUGUGCUUCCCCAGUUGUCCUUAACUUGGCAGCCUUUGGAGAUGAACCACAUGUGCACGGAACCCUUUUAAUGUUUCACAUACUGUGUGCUGAGAGUGCGAGCGAAUGACAGCCGACAUGGAGUCUGGAAUUCUGUGCGGGCAAUCUGAUCAGUCUCCUUCAGCCCCAAAAGCCCACUUCCAUGCUCACGAUGGAUGGACAGCUGUCUGAAGGCUCGCAACCAAGUGUGCUGCCUUUUACAUGCCUGCUGUGAUUUGUCUUUGAUUUUUCCAAUAAAUAAUAAUAAUAAUAAUA